AUGGAACCUACUGGGUCCGGAGCAGAAAGUGCGGAACUGAGAAGAUCAGGAUCGACUUCGUCGUCGAAUUACAGCAAUCUCAACGCGAAUUUGCAUGCUCGAGUGAAAGCAUUCCAAGAACAACGACAACUAAAGCGAAAUGGGAGUGUGGGCUCUGCAGGGAACGGAUCAAACGUAAAUGUAUCAACCAGAGCAGCAGAAGCGGCGUCAGGGACGUCUUCUGGAACGCUAAAUUCAAAUUCCAAUGCCAAGAUUGCUACCGGCGCUGCGCAUACCAAUGGGACUCAUAGGACUGGUGGCGGUGAAGGACCACACAUAGACGAUGCCAGAAGUGUGGUGAAGGAUCCCGAACCGCAAAAUAUCGAUAAGAUCGUUAACAAACCGUUGCCUCCGCUUCCUCCUUCCAGCAAGGAGAGCGGACACGUGCUUAGCCCGAUCAGAAGAGCCCCCAGACCUCCUUCCAUGGCUGCUGCUGGUGCUAUGGGACUGUCUGGAGCACCAGGGGUACCCAGAGCUCCACCUCCUGUUCCUAGCGGCGGCACCUUGAAACCCAGUUCUCCAACAGCCACAACGCCAAAGGUGAAACCCAGUUUGAGCGCUAGACGUGGUCUGAAAUUACCCGCAGGCGGGAUGUCGCUCAAGAUGAAGCCCGCGGCUGCUCCUACAGCUGCCACCGCGGCCCAGGAGUUUGCAGGAGCACCCUCGAACCGUGCUCCUGCGGGAAUAGCGAAUAAUAGAAGCAACCCUGGUUCUCUAGUUAAUGGAGUAUCGACAACCUCCACUUCCUCAGGCCAGCAACGCGAUACCGAAGGCACGGAACCACAACAAGAUACACAACAACAACAGAGUCGGAGUGGCUCAAAUGGGCUUUUCACCAAUUUUUCCAAAUAUGUCGAUAUCAAAUCGGGGUCGCUUAAUUUCGCAGGCAAAUUAUCACUAAGUUCUCAAGGUGUUGAUUUUAGCAAUGGCUCCAGCUUCCGCAUUACUCUAGAUGAAUUAGAGUUUCUAGGGGAACUGGGACAUGGAAACUACGGGAAUGUGUCUAAGGUUUUACACAAGCCUACCAAUGUCAUAAUGGCUAUGAAAGAAGUGAGGUUAGAAUUGGACGAGUCUAAAUUUACACAAAUUCUUAUGGAGCUGGAGGUCUUGCACAAAUGUCAAAGUCCCUACAUUGUGGACUUUUACGGGGCCUUCUUCAUUGAAGGCGCUGUCUACAUGUGCAUUGAAUAUAUGGACGGUGGAUCUCUAGACAAAAUUUACGAUAACGAUACUUUGGGAGGCAUAGACGAACCUCAGCUAGCCUCGAUCACCUACGCCAUAAUCCAAGGUCUCAAAGAAUUGAAAGACGUGCAUAACAUCAUACAUCGCGACGUGAAGCCCACAAAUUUGUUGUGCUCGGCCGCCCAAGGAACCGUGAAGCUCUGUGAUUUUGGUGUUUCCGGAAACCUAGUAGCAUCUUUAGCCAAAACGAACAUUGGCUGUCAGUCCUACAUGGCGCCAGAGCGCAUAAAGUCUUUCAACCCUGAUAAAUCGACGUACUCGGUGCAGUCCGAUGUCUGGUCUUUGGGGUUGAGUAUUUUGGAAAUGGCAAACGGUGCAUAUCCUUAUCCCGUCGAAACCUUUGACAACAUUUUUUCUCAACUUAGUGCUAUUGUUGAUUCACCUCCUCCAAAGUUGCCCAAAGGAAAGUUCAGUCCCUUGGCACAAGACUUCGUCAACAUGUGCUUACAGAAAAUUCCCGAGAGAAGGCCCACAUAUGCUGCUCUGGUUGAACACCCAUGGCUGAAGAAGUAUAGAAAUUUUGACGUCAACAUGAGCGAAUAUAUUGGCUCACGACUGGAGAAAAAGUGGCAUGCUACUGGAGCCGAUGGGGUGAGCGGAAUAACUAAAAAUAACACUGUUCCUGCGCUUCACAAGGGCGGCCUGUAA